AAGGACAAAAGGACAAAAAAACAAAAGUGGGGCGGUAACUCUCACUCAAUGGGAAUCGACACUUCCGAUUCACUACAAAGAAUCGACUCUUCUGCGCAUGGCACAUAACUGCAACUGACAGAAACGUCGAGGAGGAAGAGGAUGCGGCUCGCCUCCGAUAUGGAUUACAAGCUUGUGUUUGCAGCGCUGGAGACGGUGUGCGAAGACAACCUUUCUGUUUUGUGUGGGACGUCCGAGCCGCCGUACGGCGCCAUCACCAAGCGCCUGGUCACGUGCAUAAAGAAGAUUCAGGAGCACGGCCGAGCCCUGGAGCCUGUCGUCGCCGGCCUCACCUCCGUCUAUCACCACUACGACUUCGACGCACACACGCCUGGGAAUGGCUACCGCACCCUGGUUAAGGUCUUGCAGUCGUGCCUUUUGCACAUCAUCCACAAAGGCCGUUACAUCGCCUCCAACUACAACGGUGCCUUCUUCCGGGCCGACCACAACGCCUGCGAGAUGGAGGCGUACUGCAACGCCCUGUGCCAGCUGCGCGCGCUGCUCCACCUCGCCCAGCGGCUCAUCAACGACGCCGACUACGGCCAGCUGUACGCGCUGCACGACGAGGAGCUCAGCCACAGGCUGGUGCAGGAGUACAGCUCCAUGCACAAGGCCUGUUUCUACGGCCGCUGCCUGGGCUUUCAGUUCUCCCCUACCCUCCGUCCGUUCUUGCAGACCGUUGUGAUAAGCAUGGUUUCCUAUGGGGAGGCGUACGGUAAACAACAGUCUGGCCUCGGAAUGGCGGCCCUUUCCCUCCUCACGUCAGGGAAGUACGUCAUCGAUCCAGAGCUGCGCGGCACCGAGUUCGAACGCAUCACCCAGAAUCUGGACAUGCAGUUCUGGAAAUCUUUCUGGAACCUGACGGAGUCCGGCCUUAUAACAGGCUUCAACAGAAUCGCCUCUAACCCAGUAAAGGUCAACUUCACCCUCACGCUGCCUCCCGUCUCGCUGCGCCUCCCCCUGGCCUCCGACCCCAACCUGUCCGUCGCCGUGUCGCCUCCCAUCGCCCACUGGGGCCCCGGGCCGGUCCACGUGAGGCUGAUCUCUUAUGAGCUCCGAGAAGGACAGGACAGCGAAGAGCUUCUGUCUUUCUCCCGGACCGACCCUCCUCCCAUCUCCAUGUCCCAGCUCCCCUGGGUGCAGAAGCAGCCUCUUUCCCCGUCGCUGCUCAUCCACUUCCACGGCGGAGGCUUCGUGGCCCAGACGUCCAGAUCUCAUGAGAAUUAUCUCCGGAGCUGGUCCAAGGAGCUGAACGUCCCCGUCCUCUCCGUCGACUACUCCCUGUCUCCUGAGGCGCCUUUUCCCAGAGCGCUGGAGGAGUGUUUCUACGCCUACUGCUGGGCUUUGAAUAACUGUCACCUCCUGGGCUCCACCGCCGAGCGGAUUUGUCUGGCCGGGGACAGCGCCGGGGGAAACCUCUGCAUCACCGUGUCCAUGAAGGCCAUGUCCACCGGCAUCCGAGUCCCCGACGGCAUCAUGGCCGCCUACCCCGCCACCCUGCUCACCACUGACGCCUCGCCCUCGCGCCUGCUCACGCUCAUCGACCCGCUGUUGCCCCUGGGUGUCCUCGCGAAAUGCAUUAACGCCUAUGCAGGUGAGGACUGCCAGACGGUGCAGACCGCGGCGGGAAGCGGCAGCCUGAGCUCUCUGGGCAGAGACACGGCCAUGCUGCUCAGCGACCUCACCCAGGGCGCCUCCAACUGGAUCCAGUCCUUCCUGGACCCGAUGCGGACUUCGGGCGGGACGCGCUCCCUGUCGGAGAGGAGGGGCGACUCCGGCGGCGGGACGUCCGGCCCCGUCUCAUCGCCGGACUCCGGUUCGGAAACCAUCGCUCCCUACCCAGAAGGCUUUGAGCCCCUGCGCUCCGAGUGCCUGGCUUUUAUCCGCCCGACGACCUGCCCCGUCAUCAGGAACCCGUUUGUGUCGCCUCUGCUGUCUCCAAACAACCUGCUGCGAGGCCUCCCGCCCGUACACAUAGUGGCCUCUGCUCUGGAUGCCUUGCUGGAUGACUCUGUGAUGUUUGCCAAGAAGCUGCGGUCCAUCGGUCAGCCCGUGAGCCUGACGGUGGUGGAGGACCUGCCUCACGGGUUCCUCAGCCUGUCGCAGCUCGCCAAGGAGACGGACGUCGCCGCGGACAUCUGCGUGGCUCGGAUGCGGGAGGUUUUCCGGCAGGAAAGCCCGACGCACACUCCCCACAAACGGCCAAAGCUGGAAGAGACUUACCAGAGUGUAAAUCCAUCCGGCUGAUUAAAUAUCACUCGCUGUUGUACCUGAAAGAGAUCCGAGAGAGGGGAAAGAAAAAAAAAAAAAAAGAAAAAAGGAAACAAAUCAGGAGGGAAUUAUGAGGACACAUUGGAGGAACCUUACGCAUACUGCACUUUAAACCUGCUGCACACUUGCACAACAUAUCUCUGCAAACAUUCGACUACCAGCUCUACUAUUUUUUUUUUUUUUUUACUACCGAGCACAUUCAGCUCAGUCGCACAAAUGCUACAAACCGACAAAGCUCCAUAACGACCUCUUGCAAUAAUUUGUUACCUGUUGUAAGACUUCAUUAAAAAGUUACGGCAGCUGUCGUGCCUUCUAUAUAAAGCUAUACUUAAACAAACUGACCAGCAUUAAAGGUUUACACGGAAAAUGAGGAACUAUUACGUAUCCUGUGGUUUUGCCACACGUUUACAACAUAUCGAUAAAGAGGCCUUCACCUCGUAUUUACCAGCUCCGUCUGGAUAUGUGAAAGCAACUUGCUGCACUGUAAAUUAAAUCCACUGUGUUAUAUGUGAAGCUUGUAUUAAAACACAAUUGCAACGAG